AUGUCGAGCGAGCCCGCGGUGUCGCCCCGCCGCCGUCGCCGCCUCCGGCCCGCCUCCGCUCGCGCCCCGCCUCCGCCCGUCCUCCGCUUCGCCCGGCCUCCGCCCGCCCGGCCUCGCCUCCCGCCCGGCCUCGCCUCCGCCGCGCCCGGCCUCCGCCCGCCCGGCCUCGCCUCCGCCCUCCGGCCCGCCUCCGCCGCGCCCCGCCUCCGCCCGCCCCGCCUCGCCGCGCCCGCCUCCGCCUCGCCCUCCGCCCGCCCGGCCUCCGCCUCGCUCUCCACCGCGCCCGGCCUCCGCCCGCCCCGCCCUCCGCCCGCCCGCCUCCACCCGCCCGGCCUCCUCCCGCCGCGCCCGCCUCCGCCUCGCCUCCGCUCCGCCCUCCUCCCGCCCGGCCCGCCGCGCCCGGCCUCCUCCGCUUGCUCUGCACGCGCCUCGGCCUCCUCCGCCCGGAUGGAGAUGAACAACAACGUUGUCAUGGACUCGAUGUCGGAUUCGUCGGAUUGGUCGACAUCCAGACGAUUCCGACAUUGA